AUGGAACCGGUAAACGAGCAGGCACGACUUUACAGUCAAACGUACACCGAAGCGCUAAACUCGAACCAAGCGGAAACGGUGCGUUGGAGUGCUUACCGGCAGGACCAUGUGGAUCUCAAAGCGAACCUGCGAAUGUAUCAGCAAAGUUCCAAGGUAGAUAUACUGAUUCCGGUAGGCACGAAAGCGCUCCUUCCCGGCCAGCUUUACCACACCAGUGAGGUUAUGGUCAGCCAUGGUGGAGGAUAUUUCUCGGAUUGUACGGCGGAACAAGCGCAAUCGAUUGCCGAUCGUCGGAUAAAGCUGGCGGACGAGAUGCUACAAAAGUACGAUCGCGAAAGAUCGCUGUACAGUGACAAACUGGAGCUUCCGCUAAUGAGUGAAGCAUUCGCGUCAGAGGACGGUGGACGAGAGAUAAUUGAGCCGUACGAUGAGGCGGCUGAAAAUCGAUGGCGUGUCGAGCAUCGGCAGCGUGUGCGCGAAAGCAAGCAACGGGAAGCGAAGGAACGAGCGGCAGGCGACUGUUCAGCGGACAAAGGCAGUGACGGGGAGCUGUUCGCAAAGCUGGAAGAAGCGGAGCUGCUGGAAGAGUUGGAACAGGAAAUGGAACAGUUAGAGUUGGACGCGGGCGAACAGGUAGAUGAUCAGACGUUGGGGCGUUUAAUGCGUGGUGAAUUACGCUUGAACGGGCGUCCGCGGGUCGCUCAUAAUGUAGAGAAGUCUGCCGUCGUUGAGAAGGUUCCGAUCAUCGGCAAUCCUACGGGGGCUGAAACAAAACCACCGAAGCCACCAGUGACGGUCGAAGAGGAAGAGAUCGAAACGACGGAUGAAGAUGAAGACUCCGAGGAAGACGGUGACGACGAUGUGUCAGCAGCGUUUACAGAAAUCCUAAGCGAAACAAAGGACUACAGCGUGGAGGACACGAUUAAAACGUUCCAAGCGAAGCUGAAAGGCGUACGCCAGCGCUUAUACCAGAACUCGUUAACGCUCAACGAAAAGCUCGAUCUGUACCAGUUGUACGGAGAGCUGGAAGAAGCGCUGGACAUCCUCCAACCGCCGGGCGUGCUGGGUCAAAUCGGUACGGUCGCAAAAGAACAAACGCAACCACGUCGCGACGUAGAAAAGAAAGUGCAGUUCGCCGAAACCGAGCAGAUCAAAGUGAUCGACUCUAAUCCGCCUGAUCUGUGGCGUGACCGGGAAGAAUCGCUAAAGGCGACGAAAAAUACACUCUUCCUUCCGAUCGUACAUUCGCCAGGACAUGGAAUUGCACCGCCGAUGCCGUCGUCGGACGAGAUUGUAUCACCGGCGGAUAUAUACCGGUUGUUUUUGGCCGAACAAGAAGAACCGCCUAAAAAGCCCACUUCGCCGGUGGGGCUUAAAUCGAUUUUGAAGAACAAAUUAGUGAACCGUACGACGGGACCACGUGUUGCUGAGCAACCACGCGGCCUAGGAUCGAAGCCUGCGUGGAUGGACUCGUGGCCCGAUAUGUUGGGAGAAAUCGUCGAACAUACGACACCGUCCGUGGUUAGUGAUAUUCCUAAAAGUGUUACAAGUUCCCACGAUCAACCACCGCAGCAGGAGCAACAACAGCAGCAGCCGAAGAAGAAAGUGAGCCGUUUCAAGCAGCAGCGACAGUGA